AUGGUAGACGAGGCGGUUCAACCCAACGUCAUCAUUUACAGCUCAUUGAUCGGUUGCUUCGGGGCUUCGCAGUGGGCGACGGCGGUGGCCGUGCUCGCUGGUACGGUCGCUCAGGGCCUUCAGCUGGAUGUCGUGGCCUUUGGCGCUUGCAUCAGCGUUUGCGAGAAGGCCAGCCAGUGGCAGGCAGCCGUACAGCUGCUGAAAGACAUGGACGACUGUGGCAUGACGCCGAGUGCCAUCGCGUGCAAUGCGGCCAUUGCUGCUUGCUUUGACCAAUGGCCCGUUGCGCUGUCGCUUUUGCACAGGGCACCUUUGACGGAUGCUGGGUCUUUUGCCGCCGUCAUAACGUCGCUGGGUCGUGGAACGCAGUGGGCGCAGGCACUGUCGCUGCUGGACGAGAUGGAGGAGCGAGGCCUCCAACCCGACAUCAUCGCCUUCUCCUCGGGCAUCAGCGCCUGUGAGAAGGGCGCACAAUGGGAAACGGCUUUGGUCCUGCUGGGAUCGAUGGCGCACAAGAAGGUGCCUCCGAAUGUGUUCUCCUACGCUUCGGCGGUGAGCGCCUGCGAGAAGUGCCAGAAGUGGCUGGAAGCGCUGCGGCUUGUAGAGGUGAUGCCCAGCAGGAAAGUGACUCCGAAUGUCGUGGUUUACAGCGCAGCGGCCCGCGCUUGCGAAGAAGCCUGGCCUUGGGCCUUGCAGCUGCUGGAGCAGAUGUUCCUGGAGACUGUAGAGCCAAACGACAUGACGCUGAGCGCCAUCAUGGUGGCCGUCAGCGAGCAAGGCCUAUGGGAGUACUGCCUUGGCAUCCUGCAAUCCUACAGGUCAUCCGUACAAUGCCCGAACACGGCAGCCUUCAACGCAGCCAUCUCGGCAUGCGAGAAGGGCAAGCGUUGGCAGAUGGCACUGGCUUUGAUCUUCGAGAUGUCGCAGAUAGAAGUGGAGAGGGAUGUUGUCACCUACAGCGCUGGCAUCAGUGCUUGUGAGAAGGGCCUCCAGUGGCAGCGCGCCGUCGGGAUGUUCGCCGAACUCCUGAAGUCUGCACAGUUACCGGAUAUUAUGGCCUUCAACGCUGCCAUCAACGCCUGCAAAAAGGAAGACAGAUGGUGCGAGGCGACCCACCUGGCAUCUCUGAUGAAGGAGAUGAGAUUGGAGCCGGAUGUUAACACCUUUAUCGCACUUGCCGCUUCGAUGGAACGCACGGGGCAGUGGCAGCAGAUCCUGUGUCUGGUGAAGGAGCGAGGCGAAUUAAAGCGGGAUCUGAUGAUACAGCGCUUGGUAUCCUUGGCAUGUCAGCGAGGUGGCCUUUGGGAGCUGUCCUUGCAUUGGCUUGCUACCAUGGAGGCGUCGCAACAAGAUCCAGGCCAUGCCGCUUUUUCUCGGAGUCUGUCCGCCGGUUUGGCAGUCUGA